AAUCAUUUCAAAUUUCAAAAUUCCUCUUUCCCUCUCCUAUUUAAACCACCCCUUUCAUUCAAACCCUAGCUCCGUAUUCAUUUCACUCUUAUCAUUAGUUCUUAUCCAUUUUCCACUACAUUCUUACUUCAAUCUCUGUAAUUUCUUCGAAUUGAAAAUGAGAGAGUGCAUCUCCAUCCACAUCGGACAGGCCGGAAUCCAAGUUGGAAACGCCUGUUGGGAGCUUUACUGUCUCGAGCACGGCAUUAAGCCGGAUGGACAAAUGCCUGGAGACGUCACUGUUGGAGGAGGAGAUGAUGCGUUCAAUACUUUUUUCAGUGAAACAGGUGCUGGAAAGCAUGUACCUCGUGCUGUGUUUGUGGAUCUGGAACCUACUGUCAUUGAUGAAGUGAGAACCGGGACUUAUCGUCAGUUGUUUCAUCCUGAACAACUCAUCAGUGGCAAAGAAGAUGCUGCUAACAACUUUGCUAGAGGACAUUAUACAAUUGGGAAGGAGAUUGUGGACCUGUGUCUUGAUAGAAUAAGGAAGUUAGCGGACAACUGCACUGGGCUACAAGGAUUUUUGGUGUUCCAUGCUGUUGGAGGGGGUACUGGUUCAGGGCUUGGUUCUCUGCUUCUUGAGAGGCUUUCCGUUGACUACGGAAAGAAAUCGAAGCUUGGAUUCACCAUUUACCCUUCACCUCAAGUCUCUACUGCUGUAGUUGAGCCUUACAACUCUGUGCUCUCAACACACUCACUUCUUGAGCACACUGAUGUUGCUAUCCUUUUGGACAAUGAAGCCAUUUAUGACAUUUGCCGAAAGUCUCUUGACAUUGAAAGACCUACCUACACCAAUCUUAACAGGCUCAUUUCUCAGGUUAUCUCAUCACUGACCGCGUCUCUGCGUUUUGAUGGUGCUUUGAAUGUGGAUGUGAAUGAAUUCCAAACUAACUUGGUUCCAUACCCAAGGAUUCAUUUCAUGCUUUCUUCAUACGCCCCUGUGAUCUCUGCUGAAAAGGCGUAUCACGAGCAGCUCUCUGUUGCAGAAAUUACCAACACUGCUUUCGAGCCAUCUUCUAUGAUGGUCAAGUGUGACCCGCGUCACGGGAAAUACAUGGCUUGCUGUUUGAUGUACAGAGGUGAUGUUGUGCCCAAGGAUGUUAACGCUGCUGUCGCCACAAUUAAGACCAAGCGGACCAUUCAGUUUGUGGACUGGUGCCCAACUGGGUUCAAGUGUGGUAUCAAUUACCAGCCACCAACUGUUGUACCUGGUGGAGACUUGGCCAAAGUUCAAAGGGCUGUUUGUAUGAUAUCAAACUCCACAAGUGUUGCUGAGGUUUUCUCAAGAAUUGAUCACAAGUUCGAUUUGAUGUACGCGAAGAGGGCUUUCGUGCACUGGUAUGUUGGUGAAGGUAUGGAGGAAGGAGAAUUCUCUGAGGCUAGGGAAGAUUUGGCUGCUCUUGAGAAGGACUAUGAGGAAGUUGGAUGUGAGUCUGGUGAUGGUGAAGAUGAUGAUGCUGAAGAGUAUUAGUUUAAUUUGAUAAUUCUCUAUGUUUUGCUUGGAAAAUUAUGUAGCCAAUGGUCUCAUUGGUACCUAAAUUUUAGUGGUUCAUAUUCAGUAGCUUCAUGUAUUGAUUAAACUUUAUGAAUAUGUAUUUGCUAUUUUAACUAAGUAAUUGAUAAUCUGUGUCUCUCAACAAA